AUGGCACUCGUGCGCUAUUUCCUGUCCGAUACGGGAAUCCCCGUCAAAGACCGUCAAGCUGCUUUGGACCGCAUCUUCUCAGAUCCGGGAAUUCCCACGCCCAACCCGACAUCAUCGUUCUGGCUGAGGACACCGCACCCGGAACUCUCAAAGAUCCAGUCCGCCCAGCUGCCCGCUGAGGCAGACGUCGUGAUCAUCGGCUCCGGGAUCACCGCUGCAUCGAUUGCAAGGACCCUACUCGAAGAGUCUACAGACUCUGGCGCGAAAUCUUCCAGGCCCUCGAUUGUCAUUCUCGAAGCGAGAGAUGUAUGCAGUGGGGCGACAGGCCGAAAUGGCGGCCACAUCCUCGAGACCGCCGAGGACUUUACUGAAUUUGAGGCAACAUUUGGGCUGGACAUUGCCAAGCGGAUCAUGAAGUUUCGACUCGCACACCGACCGGAGCUGCUGGAGGUUGCGGAGGAAUAUGAUCUUACUGAAAAGGCCCAGGUGAGGAAGGUGCAGUUUCUGAGUGUGCAUUUCGACGAGGAGAGGUGGCGAGCUUCAGCAAGUUGUAUACAGCGGUUUAAGGAGUGUAUGCCUGACGAGGCUGCGGAAUGGAAACUGAUCGAGAAGGAAGACAUUCCCAAGGAGUAUUCUCUUCCCCGAGCCUGCGGCAUCAUCGCAGGCCCUGCAGGAGCCAUGUGGCCCUACCGGUUCGUCACCGGGUUGUUGGACCACCUGCGAAAGGAGUUCCCAGACAAUCUUUCUAUUGAAACACACACUCCUGUGACCGAGAUUCGAUCCACCGCAGAGACAGCUGCACUCCCAUACACGGUUGUCACACCGAGGGGUACCAUCAAGGCUCGCCAUGUAGUCCACUGUACGAACGCCCAUGCCGGCCACCUACUCCCAGGGGUGAGAGGCAGACUGUUCCCACUACGCGGACAAAUGUCGGCGCAAAACCCCGGAAGCAAGUUUGUCUGCCAGGGGGAACACCGCUCAUGGCUAAUCAAUUACGACCGAGGUUUCGAUUAUCUGACCCAGCUUCCCUGCGACGGGGAUGCUGAAACAGCCGGGAAGAUGAUGUUUGGAGGCGGAUUCGCGCAAAGCGAAGCUGGAGGCGUUGGUGAUUUGGGCAUCGCCACUGACUCGGAGCUGAGCUUCUACGCCGAUAUCCAUCUAUCUGGCGCGUUGAGCGCUAUCUUUGGUCGCGAGAAUUGGGGGAGCGUUUCUGGUCCCAGCGUGGAACAGAUGUGGACCGGCAGCAUGGCGUAUAGUGCCGAUGGACUGCCUUGGGUUGGCAAGUUGCCUCGAUCUGCGACCUUGAGAGACUCGCCGGCAGAAGGCAAGGGGGGCGAAUGGAUUUCGAAUGCUUGCUGUGGAGAGGGCAUGGUGCAGACCUGGCUCUCUGGUAAGGCGUUAGGGCGGAUGCUGUUGAAGCAUGAUGGACUUGCUGGAAACGAAGACCUUUCAUGGUUCCCGAAGGAGAUGCUUGUGACGGAAGAACGGGUUCAGAACUCAGUAUUGCCCAGGGACGCAAAGCUGUAG